AUGGGCAACAGCUGGAUUGUUACUUUGGCCCUGGCACAACUGAAUAUGUUUGUUUUAUCAAUGAACCUGUCAGAUGAACGUCUGUCCCCAUUCUGGGUAUAUUUGAGACAUCGACUGGUGAGCGGAAGAAACAAAACAGAAACAGGUCCAGCUAUGGAACUGCGCUUAAACAAGAUCUACAAAAUAGGAGAGGAGAGGAUAUUCAAAGAACAUGGAGCAUCCAGUGCAUCAUUCGCAGGCUACAGGGUGGUUGUUGUCAAACACGAACUUGCAACUGACCAACAGCAUAUGCUGCUUAUAUUCUUGGCACAGUCAACCAAUGGCAAUCUGAUGGCAGCCCCCAUGCUUGUCUCAUUGUUUGCUAGGGUGGAAUAUCAAGAGUUUGCGAUUCUACUGGGCUAUCCUGUGCUGCAUCGACCAAAAAUUUACCAACCCGAAGCCAAUGAACAAGUGGACAAUAAACUGUGGGCCGUGGCUGUUGUCUUGGCAAUUCUCUUGGCUAUCUUAAGCAUUCACUGGAUGGUUUUCUAUGCACACCACCACUUUUGUAAAGUUGCACAUUUUCCUAUGAGGAUACGUUCUUCAAACAAGGAGGAUGAGAAGGAGCGUUCGUCGACACAUAUCAAGGAAAGAGAAAUCGGAAAUAAAUUCGGCACGCGUUCUGAAAGUGAACCUACUUACAAGGAACCCCACCGUCUCAAACUGGAGGGCAGAUCGGUUCAACUUCAUAUGACAUCAUCAGGGUCGACGUUGGGGGCCAUUGGCCAGCCCAAAAGAAACCAAAGUAGAGCGACAAAUAUGAGUCCUCUAAAUAAAAGGUCGAGAUGUGAUGUAGAUGUAGAAAAAACUCUGAAUCAAGCAGUCAUUUUUAAACGGCUGGAUGAAUAG